AUGUGUAUCACAAAAUCCGGAAUUUUCAUGUGUGGACUCGGAUGGGACGGAGCGAGGAUUUUGGUACGACCGCCCAACAGCCGAGCUCCUCUGCUUCAGAACAACAAAUGGCAUUUGAAGUAAUGCCCAAAGACCUGAAAAUGGUUCUGGAGACCAUUCUCGACUUGCAAACCACGUCUCGUUCUUCUGUUGAGUCCGCAGAGGAACUGCAGUCGUAUGCGGGAAGUCGGUUGGAGAAUGUUAGACAAUGCCAGGCUGCCGGAAAUCCAUACGAAGUCUCUUCCAAAGGCUGUGUAUUCUGGGAGACGUGA